CAAUGCCCGUCCAGAUUCAACUCAUCUGGCUACCCGUAUUUCUCAUAGCUUACCUACUGCUCGAAACCAGAGCUGUGGCCGGCUAUGGCGAUCUCAGUCGGAGUCGGUUGACAAGUCAGGCGGAGCACAAUCUGGCUGCCAUCACUGGUCAUGCGAUGGCUCAGGCCACUGAAUUGGUGGAUAGUGUUGUUGAUGAUCUGCUCGUGCUCGACUCACAGAACUCUAUAAUGCUCAGCUACCUGAGCAACUUUGAGGCAUUCCUCAUGCGAAGCGAUAAUCACACAAAGGAAUCCCUGCAACAUUUCUUUGAUAUUGUGGAGGUCUUCUUGGAUGCGGAUGCCGCCGAGAAGACGACGAGCAUUGAGAUACAAUUGAUAUCCAUGUGUCUGCAGCGCAAUGGUUUCGACAGAUGGAAACGCACAGUUCACAUGCGAUCGACGAAGUUACUCAAAUCCUUUGGCAAGAAGAUCAAAAAGCACUUGGAUACCCUCGACCAGGAGGAGCGUAUUGUGAUCGAGCGGCGCUGGAAAAGCGUUGUGACUCGUGGUGGCCAACGAAAACUGGAAAAAUUUCGAGAGUUUAUUAAAUGGCUUGCUGGUUAAUGUAAUUGCCAUAUAAACUCAUCAAAAGUGUAAAAUUUUUCUGAUUUUAAAUAUAAUAUAAUUUAUUUCUA